AUGCCAAGCUCAUUCUGGACCCUGCUGCUUGCAUUCGCAUGCUACCUCGUAAUCAAUGCACUCUUCCUCUCGCCCCUGCGCAACAUACCCGGCCCCUUCAUUGCCCGCCUCUCAGGACUGCGUGCCAGCCUAAUCCACUUGCGAGGAGCAAACGCCGAAAAGUCCCGCGUGGAUCACGCCAAAUACGGACCCAUCUACGUAAUGGCCCCAAACAUGGUGGCCGUAUCAAGCCAAGAAGAUAUCAGGACAGUGCUCGGCACACACGCAUUCCGCAAGUCCAAAGCACACUACAAGGCGGUGGACUUGUUUGGGAUAGAGAAUCUGUUUAGUGCCCGGACGCCCGCACUUGUGAACCAGCGCAAACGGCAGCUGGGCCCGUAUCUGGGGCUCUCGUACUUGGCGAAAAUGGAGCCAGCCAUUAUGAAGGCAGGGAAUAUGCGCAUUGAAGGCCAAGUGGGAUAA